AUGUUACCGGCUGCGGCGCCGGCGCUGCGCGGAGCUGGCGCACCGCUGCACGGGGAGGCAGCGCUGCCGGGCGCCGCGGGGAGCGAGGGGCUGCGUGCGGGGAAACGGCCCUGUGCAGGACGCGCUCUCCUGCCUCUCCUGUCUGCAGGCUCAGCGUAUUACGAUAACGUCCGGCCCUUGGCCUACCCGGACUCGGAUGCGGUACUCAUCUGCUUCGACAUCAGCCGCCCAGAGACGCUGGACAGUGUGCUCAAGAAGUGGCAAGGGGAAACUCAGGAAUUCUGCCCCAAUGCGAAGAUUGUGCUGGUGGGCUGCAAGCUGGACAUGCGGACAGACCUCAACACACUUCGGGAGCUUUCCAAGCAGCGCCUCAUCCCUGUCACACACGAGCAGGGCAGCGCGCUGGCGCGGCAGAUCGGCGCCGUGGCCUACGCCGAGUGCUCCUCCAAGGUCUCGGAGAACAGCGUGCGGGAUGUCUUUCACGUCACCACGCUUGCCUCGGUCAACAGGGUGCACAAGAACUUGAAGCGCAGCAGCUCCAAGCGAGGACUGAAGCGGGCGUCGCAGAUGCCUGGCAGGACGGACUUGCUCAGUGAUGCAGAGAUCAGGAAAGACCGAGCCAAGAGCUGCUCCAUCAUGUGAAAACAGGCUGUAAAUAGUGCGUGUGUCUUGUCCAUUUGUACAGUAACUGCCCGGCAAGGGCCUGGCGCCGGCUCGGGGC